UUUAUAAUUAAAAAUUGCCGCGUCACGCUGAAAAUUCAAGUAGAUGACGCUAGCCAAAAAAUAACAUAACCUACGGAUCUUUCAAACCUAUGGAUCUUUCAAACGUAGAAUUUUAUAAGAAAGCACAACAUGAGUGAAUUUAAAUUACAUCAUUUGAUAGUGCAAUUGCUUGGAUUGUUGGAUUCACAGUCUCCUCCAGAAAUAUAUUUGGAAAAGAUACAAAAAGAAAAUGUAGCAGCAAAUGGACUCAAUGCUGUUGCUCCUCACAGUUGUGUUCAGAAUCUCGCAAAAGUAUCACCUCAGCCAGAAUUAUUUAUACAGAAGUAUGAAGAAUUGAAGUCAAAAAAAGUAGAUUUAUUAGGUCCUUUUGUACAGACUUUGGAGUUGAUAUCUCAGGAUGAGAAAUUAAAGAAUUUUUUAUUGAAAACUGUACCUGGACUAACAGCUAGUUCUCUGAAAGAUCCAACUAUCACACAGGAAGAUUUACCUAAGAUCUGCAAAACUGUAAUUAAAGCUGCUGUAGAAGGUGGAAAGAAAUUAAACCAGCAGGUUAAUAAAAAAACUGAUGGUGCCUUAGCCAAACAUAAUUGGGUAACAGAACGUCCACGUAUUACCUGGGAUUUUUACAAUGAUGCCACUGCUGCGCUUUGUCAAAAAGUUGUCCCGGUUAUAUCUCAGGAAUCUAUACUUCUUUGGGACAUACUUUAUUGUUUGAAAGGAAUAGAUGGAGCAUAUAUUGUCUCAGAACCUUUGACAAGUCCUUAUGCUGUUAAAACUUUCGCUAUAUCACCGGAUGUUAAUAUAUCAUUCAAACAAUUGUCUCAACAAAUAUUACCUUUGGCUUCUUAUUACUCCAUGACAGUUAGAUUUGUUGAAGAGAAAAUCUCACCCGAAGACGGACAAGUCAAUCAUGCUCUAAGAGGAGCCAUUCGCUCUCUGCUGAAGGAUUAUUUGCUUUUUAUCGUGCAACUUGAAACAGAACAUAUUCAUGGUAAAUUAAGCUUGCAGAAAUUGUGGUUUUACAUUCAGUCCACUAUGCUUACAAUGUCUAUACUUUCUCAAAUCACGUCCACAAUAUGCAAGGCAAACGCUAGAGGGGGAAAAGUUUUGAGUCUUCUUCACGAACAAACGCUGAACAAUGUCAGUGGUGAAGCAAAAUCCAAAGAACUGUGUUUGUACUUGAUGCAGGCGGCGAGUAUGCCCUACAUGCAAAUUUUAGAAAAAUGGGUUUACAAGGGAGUUAUAUGCGAUCCGUACCAAGAAUUUUUCGUAGAAGAUAAUGAACUGGUUCAAAGGGAGGAACUUCCUGUGGAUUAUUCCGCUGAUUAUUGGGAAAAACGUUACACGAUGCGACCGGAAAGGAUACCUGUGUUUCUAAAUGAGCACGCACAAACUAUCCUGAGGACAGGAAAAUAUUUCAAUGUGAUCAGACAAUGUGGUAAAACAGUGCAGUGGGUGCGACAAGAGCCGUUGAGCUAUCAGUGCCAGGGACAGAAGUACAUAGCGGCUAUCGAUAGAGCGUAUUCGGAAGCUGCUAGACAAUUGUUGGAGGUGCUGAUGAAGGAGAAUGAUCUAAUGGGUAGACUACGCAGUGUAAAGAAUUACUUCCUUCUUGCCCAAGGAGAUUUUAUGGUUCAAUUUAUGAAUCUGUGCGAGGCCGAGUUGAACAAAAGUAUGUAUGAUAUUGUUCUGCAUCGUCUGGCGUCUCUUCUCGAAGUCGCUUUGCGAAUGUCUACCGCGGAUUCGGAUCCCUACAAGGACGAUCUAAAGCCUGAAUUGCUUCCGUACGAUUUACAGUAUCAAAUGUUUCGAAUACUUUCCAUCCAAACCAGAGACGAGAAAGAGUAUUGUCUUCAAGCGGGUAAAAUUUUGACCGGUUUGGAAGCUUUCGUCUUCAAUUACGACGUCAAAUGGCCGAUUUCCCUAAUCAUCAAUAGGAAAGCGAUAGCUUGUUACCAAAUGCUGUUCAGGCAUUUAUUUUAUUGCAAAUACGUUGAAAGAUUAUUGUGCAGAGUGUGGAUUAGCAAUAAGAUAGCAAAAACGUUUACACACGAGGUGGCCAUGGCGUACAGGCAAGCAUUUUCAUUGCGACAAAGAAUGCUCGAUUGUAUACAACACUUGGAAUACUAUAUGAUGGUGGAAGUCAUAGAACCAAAUUGGUUGAAAUUUAUUAAUAAAAUGAGCAAGGUCAGUAACGUUGACGACGUGCUCAGCGUGCAUCAGGACUUGCAAGACAGUUAUUUGAAAGAAUGUAUGUUGACGGAUCCCGAUCUACUCAGCUGCAUCACAGGCAUAUGCGCCGUUUGUAUAGAAUUCUGCAAUUUUAUGCAGCGUAUGAGCCGCUACUACAUUGAUGCCGAAUUGACAUCCAUGAUUGGUGCCUGUCAGGAAGAUGUCUAUGAAUAUGAGAGCGAGAAUGCAUCGACAACAAAAGAUGGGACUGGAAGCUUCGAGGAAACGAUUGUAUCGCUAGACGAGAAGUUCACUAAGAUAUUAACACAGCUUUUAGACCGAAUCUGUGAUUUGGGAUGUGAUAACAACAAUGAGAAACUACUCAACGUAUUGUGUCGGCUUGACUUCAAUAUGUUCUACACCGAGAUAUUGGUACGUCGGGAGAAAGAGAAGACUGUCGCCCAGCAGGACGUAUCCGGCUAGCACGUCCGCGACGAUUUCUUCGUCAAGGUGUAAAUUUGUCUGACAAUAAGUCGAUAACAAAUCUUGAAAAGAUUUGUACACUCAUUUUCUCCCGUGCGUGUCGUUUACGCGCGUACCCACAGGUGACUUCCCAAAUUCUUCUUUCAAUACAUAAGGUAUAUAUUUAUUGUGCCAUAGUGAAGUAUUAUACAAAAAGAAAAAACAGCGAUAUGUGAAAAACAAUCGUUACAAACAUUUGUUUAUGAUUAACGACAGUGUAGUACAAAAUGUGUGUGAGUAAGAAGGCAAUUUUUUAAAGCGCAUUGGAUAUAUAUUUGUUAUACGUUGUAAAUCGUGCAACACAGUCUCAUAUUGUAUUUGUAUAUCAUGUAAUAACACUUAAAUGUAUAUGUACUAUCUCGACUAGGAAUGCAUAGUUUAAUGGCACGCGGCUCCUCACCUAAGCUUAAUUUUAUGUAAUAAAAUGUAACAUUUGAUAGAGCAUACUGUGGUAUAUUGUGUAACACAUUUAGUUUUAUAACACGUUUUUACAAGUAGUUCUCGGAAGAGAAGAGAAAAAGUUAAUCGUAUAAAAUAUCACAGUCUCUUUAUAAAAUAGUCACAUUUC